UAUUCUCGGCGGCAGAUGCCGUCUGUAUGUGUUAUUCCUACCUGUAUAAGUUUACAUUUUUGAGUCGUAUUGAAUCCUCAGCCAAAAAUCUCCGCCUGUAAAAUUUCCGCUUUGCUUCUUCCUUGAAAAAAAAUGGUGUUCGGAGCAGUUUCCGACGAGAUGGAAGUAAAGGCGCCGGCGGCCGAGGCAUGGAAGGUGUAUUCUACUCUGCAACUGGCGAAACUUGUGGUCGAGAUGCGUCCUGACUUGGUUGAGAAGUUUGAGGUAGUGGAAGGCGACGGUGGCGCCGGAACAAUUCUGAAGCUGACUUUUCCGGCGACCACGCCGGUGUUUACAUAUUCCAAGGAGAAAUUCACGGUCAUUGACGAUGAGAAGCGAGUGAAAGAAACGGAGGUGAUUGAAGGCGGAUACCUGAAUCUAGGGUUCACUCUGUUUCGGGUUCGGUUUGAAAUUACAGAGAAAGACGAAAGCACAUGCAUCACCAAAACUACAAUUGAGUAUGAAGUGAAGGAGGAAUCAGCUGCCAAUGCUUCAUUUGUGAGUAUUCAAACUUUUGUUGGCAUCAUGAAUGCCGUUGCAACCUAUCUAACCACUAAGCAAAUGUAAUGGAAUUGGCCUGCUUGAGGCUUUGCAAUAAGAUUGCCAUCUAUUUAAACAUUA